AUUAAAUAAAAGGCAUAGAAUUUUCAACUGUUUCAGUUCAUUUUGUGGUUUCGUGCUGUAAGGAAAAAAAGUGAACAUGAAAGUUUUGCUCUUGAUUUUAGUCUCACUUUUUAUGGCUGCUAAUGGCUAUGUGAGCUAUAGGAACUACAAACUUUACGAAGUAGUUCCAAAUGUUGAUCAAUAUGAUGGCUUUUCUGCUUGGGAAGGUGCACCAGGUGUUGAUUUCUUUAAAAGAAAGAGUGCUGGACGUGCGUCAACAGUUUUAAUUGCACCCGAACAGCAACAAGAAUUCGAGGCUUUCCUCAGACUCAAUAACAUCCUACAUAAUGUGAUUUAUCAAGACUACGAAGUUGAACUUGAAAAGGAACGUGAACAAAUGGCAGAAACGAGAAAAACAAAAUCAGCUUUUAAAAUUGAUGGACAAGCUGACUUUAGUGUAUUCUGGAGCUUUACUGAAAUGCAGUCAUACCUUCUCGGCUUGCGUGAUCGAUUCCCAAAUCUUAUUCAAGUUGAAAAUCUUGCAUUCUCACCAGAAGGACGUCCAAUUUAUGCUAUAAAAGUUUCCAGCAAUCCAAUUUUUGGUCAAAGACCAAUUAUUGCUAUGGAAACUGGCAUGCAUGCUAGAGAAUGGGCCGCACCACCAACAACAUUGUAUUUGAUCCAUAAAUUAGUUGAAGAUCCAGUCACAAGUGCUGAAUUAUUAGCUAGAGUUGACUGGCUGAUUAUUCCAAUGCAAAAUCCAGAUGGAUAUGAAUUUUCAAGAAAUACUCAGCGAUUGUGGCGUCAAAAUCGAAGAAAUGUUACAGCGACUUGCACUGGAGUCGAUUUGAACAGAAACUUUGCAUUCACCUGGAGAGCUGCAACUUUAUCUCAACCUUGUGGAAGUCAAACUUAUCCAGGACCAUCUCCACUAUCGGAACCAGAAGAUUACCAACUUCAUCAUGUCGUUGAACGUUAUGCAGGACAAGUCAAGAUGUACUUGAGUGUCCAUACUUUUGGUGACUUAGUCUUGUUCCCAUGGGGCUACACUGAUGCACCAGGAAGAAUUGAAAAUUGGGAUGAACUCGUUAAUGUUGGAAAUAUUUGGAGAGAUGCAGUUCUUGCAGCAACUGGAAAGGAUUACUAUGUUGUCAAUAGCUUGGAAUAUUUUGGAAAUAUUAAUGGAGCUGUUGAUGAUCAUAUGCUUGCUAUUCAUGGAGCUUCUAUUACUUAUACACUUGAGUUGACUGAUGGAUUUGACUUUAGAUAUCCAGAAGAGAGAAUUCUUGCAUUAGCUGAGGAAACUUUCAUCGGUUAUCGAUCUUUCGGAUUAUAUAUUGGAAAUAGAUUUGGUUAAAAACAUUUGUGAUAAAUAGUUUUAAGGAUGAAAGAAUAAAAUUGAUGAUAAUUUGAAUAUUUUACAA